AUUCAUAAAAAAAAGUAACGGCCACCCACCACUCGGAGACCUUGUCGUCUACGGAAACCUACCCAUGACCCAUCUCUCUCUCAACUAUUGAACUACCUACCACACUCACACCAACGCAUUUUGCUUCACUUUAACAUUCUGAAAUUUCUUUUCAUUUUCUUCUCCAAACGCACCAACUGCAUUUUUCUUUCAGAGAUGGAGGCUAAGCUGUUGACUGCUGCUGCCUCUUCCACCGUGGUCGCCCCCUGCAUUUCUAAACCCUCGCCCAGAUUCGCAUACAAAUCUUGGGAAAGGAAUUGCACCCUCCCAUUUCAGAGCCCCAGGAAUUUGAGGAUUGGCGCUCGAGCUUCAGCUUCGGCAGCACCUACUCUUAGGUUGGAAGAUACAAGAGUCCUGAUGAGCAUCCUUUCUUCCCUGAUAUCUUACCUGUUGCCUCCACUUGAGUAUCCACAGUUGGCAGUGCGGAGCUGUAGUGAUCUUGAGGUCACAGAUUCAAACCCCGCCACCCGCUGGGAGACUUUCGGCCUUAAUCUACAAACCUGGCCGAGCAAGAUUAGUCGGAUUGGAUUAGUGGAAUUUUGUCAAAGGCGGCCUUAAUCCGCAAACCAAGUCGAGAAGGAUUAGUCGGAUUCUAUCAAGAAAUGUGUCUAUUAGAAUGUGAUGAAGAAAGUAUAUGCUUUAAGAUUUGAUCUAACGUAAUUGCUUUAUUUAUUGUGUAGCCUAAUGUUGAAAGUUUUACAGUGUUAGAAUGACUAUUGUUUAAAGAAUAGACUUGUUUUUAUCAUAUCUUUGAU